UCGUGUUGCUGUUUGUUGCGUUUGCAUGAAACGUUUGCGAUUUAAGUUCAAUUUUAAUUUUUGAGUUUAAAUUGUUUUAAAUAAAGAUUUUAUUUAAUUAAUUUAAUUAAUUAAUUUAAUAUUCACUUUUGAUUGAAAUUGAUUUUUAAGUUUUUAACUUUUAGUAAUAAUAAUAUAUUUAAAUUAAAAUUUUAUACUUUACAAUUUCUAACGAUGGAACGAAGUGUUUACAAAGAAUUGUUGACUUUCGUUCAUUCGAAUUUCCACAACGUGCAGAAGUGCAUUGAGGACCUGCUCAUCUUGCAUCCAGGACACUCCAGGCACACGUUUUACAGCAUCUUCAACCAGGAGUUCCAAAAGAAGAUGAAGAUGACCCACCAUCUGCAUACUUCACUGGAGAAGACCAAUGAAUAUUACUUAAAUUAUUUAGAAUUCAAGGAGGGUGCUCAGAAGACAUGUGUUCUGCAAAAUAUGGCCUACCAAGUGGGCCUGUCACCCUUCUUGAUGGCCAAGAUCAUCGUGGAGAGACACCUGGCCAUCAGCAAAUUUGAUGGCAAGAGUCCUUCAAAAUCAGACGUGAACUCUGCAAUGAGGAACCCGGACCUGCUGGAAGACGAAGCUCUCGCCAGGGAUGUUUCAUGGUGUGCCACUGUGGAUGAUUUCUAUGGACCUGUUGCUGAGUCGAUAAAGAUGUCACUCGGCCACGAAUACGAAACAAUUCUGAAGAACAAAUUGCAAGAGCACGGCGUUCCAUACCAAGAUGAGUACCAGAUGAGGUCACGUGGUUACGACAAGACACCUGACACCAUUCUGCAGAUUCCUAUUGCCGUGAAUGGACAUAUAGUGAACUGGAUUGAAUCGAAGGCCUUAUUUGGCGACGUGCCAUCUCAUGAGAAGUACGUGAAGGAACAAUUGAACUGCUACACAAACAGAUUUGGAACGGGACUGGUGAUAUAUUGGUUCGGAUACCUGGCUGAGUUGAAGAACAGCUGCAAAGAUAUCAUGGUGCUCGACUGCUUUCCGCGAGAAUUCAAAACGUUACAAGUUGAUGGCAUGGACUUGAUUCUUAGGACCGUUGCAACUAAUUCAUAAUUUGUUAAUUAAUUAAUUAAUUUAUUUGUAAAUUAUUUGUUAAUUUUGUAAUUAGUUCAAUAAAUAUAGUAAAUGAAAAAUC